AGAAGGAGUUCAAGAUGGUUGGUACUAUGGUGGACCAUGUUGUCGCCGAUGCCGGGGCUUUUCUCAAAAACGCCGCUUUACAUGAAAUUGGAAAAACUAUCUACACUCUGAAGGAUGUCGUGAAUGAAAUUCGGGAUAAACAAACAAAGAAGAACUUGGCUUUUUUACCCUACCAACUAAACUUCAAAGAACCUUUUCCAGAACAUGUACGAUUCGUUACUGAGUUUUCGAAAAAGACUGGAGACUAUCCCAGUCUGUCUUCAACUGACAUUAAAGUGUUGGCGCUGACAUACCAGCUUGAAUUGGAGAAUGUUGGGGGUGAUCACUUGAAAAAAGAACCAGAAGUACAGGUUGAGGUAUGCAACACACAGAGGCAUCCGGAAGCACCCGUUAAUGUUGCUGGAUUCCACCUUCCUUCUAAAGACUCUACUAAAAGCAUGGUUCCUGAUGUUCAGAAUGCUGCAUUGUCUUAUGAAUAUAAACCUGCUGAGAGCUCAGAGUUUAACAGCUUCCAGUUUUGGAGGGAACCAGUAGCCAGCAUAGAUGAUGACUUACUCAAACUGGUUUUAGAAACGACUCCUAACGAAUUGAAGGAAGAUGAGGAAAAUGAGGAGGAAGAAGGGGACGAAGAGGAUGAAGAUGAGGAGGACGAGGAUGACGGAGGUGGCUGGAUCACUCCCAGUAAUAUAAAAAAAGUCCAGAUGGAAGUUGGUAAUUGGCAGCCCUCUGAAGAUGUGAAAGUGGGCUGUGUGACCACAGAUUUUGCUAUGCAGAAUGUACUUAUUCAGAUUGGUCUAAACGUGCUCUCUGUAAAUGGAAUGCUUAUCAAACGUACAAGAAACUACAUCCUCCGCUGCCAUGCCUGCUUCAAGACAACAACAGAUAUGAACAAAUCUUUUUGUCCCAAUUGUGGAAACAGCACACUUAAGAAAAUUGCAGUGACCCUCAAUGCGGACGGCAGCAUGCAGAUGCACUUCUCCAGCAACCCUAAAGUGCUUAAUCCCAAAGGCAAGAGGUACUCCUUACCAAACCCACACGGUGGAAAACAUUCCACCAAUCCACAUCUGGUGGAAGAUCAGCAUUUCCCUCAGCAGAGAUUGUCACGGAAAGCACGGCAGAAGACGGAUGUAUUCGACCCAGACUACAUUGCAGGAGGGUCUCCGUUCUCACAGCACGACAUUUACAGCCGAGCAGCAAACCUACACCUGCGUGACGCUCAGUGUGGAGGAGGGCGGCUGCGUGCUAAUCCUAAUGCUUCUCGCAAGAAGUUUGUUAAGAAAAAGUGAAAUAAUUGUGCUGUGUUAAGUGCAAGCUGGCAUUACAGUCUGGAAAAUAAAUACUCAAUAGAACAA